AUGCCCGAGAUCAACCAGCUUCCUUCGGGGUGCGAAGGAUUCGCUGCCUUCGCGCUGAUCUAUUCGUCCAUCAGCUGGAUAUGUAGCGCCCUGUUGAUCUGGUGCGCCCAGUUAUAUCGCGAGGCUUGGUCUUUCCAACAGUCGCAUGAUAUCACUAGCUACCGAGAAAUCCUGGCAGGCCAGUUUUACCGAAAGACCACAUUUCUGGAGAACCCGGAGCUUGCGAUCGCCAAUGGAUCCUACGGUCUUGACCUGGUCUUGUACUAUAUCCAGUACUACAGCUACAAUGUUGAGGCGAUGCUAGUCAUGUUUUGGGCUUUUGAAUUAGCUCAAUCUGUGUACGGUCUGAGCGCAAAUCCGAAGCUGAAACCCAUUCUCAGGAAAAUCAAUGCUGUGGGCAAAGCAUUUUCAAUCCUCUUCCCUCUUCUGACCAUAUUGAUGCUCCGAGCAUCCGCCAUACAGAGGGUUUUCGUUGUCUUUAUUCUAUUAGCCGACCUCCCAUUGAUGUUAAGCCUAGCAAUAGGAAGCAUCACUAUGAUAGCCAUUCUGGCCCGAUAUGUUCAAUCACGGAAAAGAUUCUCCAACUGGACACAAGGCAACUCAUCCGCUGAUAGCAACGAUACUUCAAUGGAGACAGCCCUGAGCAGCACCACAGGAAGAACAGGGAGCCCCACAAAGCCUCAGCAGAAAAGGACUUUCUAUGACCGUUGGCUCAUGGUCCGGUUUACGGUCGCUUUUGUGAUCCUCGCCGUCUUCGAAGUUACCAACACCCUUUUCCAGCUGCAGUCAGUUAACAACAACAGGAAAGAUUCCACCUUGACCGAGCCCGAUUACAGCCUGGAUCGCGCUAAGACAACGUUUAUGCUAUUCCUGCCAGGAGUCACUCCGGGAAUCUUCUUAUUCGUAGUAUUUGGUACAACGGCGGGAUGUCGGGCCGCCGUUAAGGAUAUUUUUGCGCGGGAGUCUUGUGAAAACAAAGGUGAUACCCCAAGUUGGCCGCGGAAGAGGAGGGACGCCCAAGCCGGCGUGGGGAGGGCUUCGCAGGAUCAAUUUACGCGCACCUCAGAAGGAGAUUGGAAUGAAGGCACCAUGGCGAAAGAGGAAAUCUCUACAUUCCAAUUACCAGUGGCUUCACUGGUUUCUAAGUACAAUAUGUCCUUCAACGCCAGCCAUGAUGCAGAAAUUCCGCCUUCGCUGCCGCCAAGCCGGCAGUCAUUCCGGUAUUCAUAUUCUAGUCGGUUCUCGAGGGCGGAGAAAUCGACUGUCGACAAUACAGACAUGAUACAAUUGCGCAGUAUCAGCUCACUUGAUCAAAUCCGCGAGGAUUACUAUCAGCACAGCCCAGAGCAAAGCGACGACUCUGGCCCAAUACUUCCUAUCAUGAGCCCGCAAGACCAGAAAAUGCCGAGAACCCAGUCAUGUCUUACGACACCUGCCCCAGCUGCAAGGCUAAACCCAAGUGCGAAAUAA